GAGAAACUGAGUGUAUGGGUGCGUGCACGCGAGUUUGAGAGGAAACCGUCGUCCGGUUUCCCAUCAGCCUGUCCGCGCGCGCUUUCCCCGCCUCUCACCGUUCUCACUUCUACGAAUUCUUCCCCCGCGCGGUUUCAAUAUUAAUGAAGCGGAGCUUGAAUCUCAUUGGCUGAAAAGUUCAAAACAUUGAGCACACGUCGCUGUUCUGAUUGGACGAGGGGCACACAGCGGGGCGUGGUCCCGAGCGGGAUAUAAAGCGGGACCAAAACAAACGCGGAGAUUCAGAGGGCGGUUAGAGGAGCGCGAGACGCUUACCGACCCAGUUAGCUUCACGGACUCCCGUUUCACUGGAGCUCGGGUUGGUUUUAUCGGGUUUAAAACACAGCAAACCGAAUUCCAGCGGACUCUUUGGAAAAGUUUCACUCGGGAAUUCCGCCCACGGCAGAAUGGAGUCGGCGUUCUCCCGCCGAGUCUGACCAUGUUUGAUAAAAGAACCGUGGAGCCCCACGAGGAGGAGCAGGAGGAGACCAUGGAGGAGAAAGUAAAAGAACCGUUCUACAGCAAGUACCGGUGCGGUCCAAUGCUCGGCAGCGGUGGUUUCGGUUCAGUGUUCUCGGGCCAAAGACUUUCUGAUGGGCUCAAGGUUGCCAUCAAGCAGAUCUCCAGUGACCGGGUCCAGCAGUGGGCCAGACUGCCCAGCCAACUCCGCCCGGUUCCCAUGGAGAUCGCCCUGCUGCAGCGACUGUCUGAGGUCGGGGGUCACAGCGGCCUGAUUCGGAUGCUGGACUGGUUCGAGGUGGAGGGGCGGGGCUUCCUGCUGGUGAUGGAGCAGCCGCCUCAAUGCCAGGACCUGUUUGACUUCAUCACGGAGCGAGGCGCGCUGCCUGAGGGGCUUGCGCUCAGGUUCUUCAGGCAGAUUGUUGAAGCUCUGCUCUUCAUCCACGUGCAUGGUGUCGUGCACAGAGACAUCAAAGAUGAGAACAUUGUGGUGGACACGAGGACGCUGGAGGUGAAGAUCAUUGACUUUGGGUCUGGAGCGCUGCUCAAAGAGAGCGAGUACGACGAGUUUGAUGGUACGCGGGUCUACAGCCCUCCAGAGUGGGUCCAGACCCGCUCCUACCAAGCCGUCCCACUCACCGUCUGGUCCCUCGGGGUUCUGCUCUUCGACAUGGUCUGUGGCGACAUCCCGUUUGAACGAGACCAGGAGAUCAUCAAGGCCACUCCCAUCUUCACCAGACGUGUCUCUAAAGAAUGCCAGGCUCUGAUUCGCUGGUGCCUGUCGUUCCGGCCUGAGGACCGCCCCUCCCUGGAGGAGAUCCUGUCUCACCCGUGGAUGGAGGGAGGCGAGGAGGAGGAGGAGGGUCACAGUUCGCUGCCCAGUGCAUCUCUGUGACCUAACCGGAUCAGAACUGGGAUUGAAAUUCCUGAAGACAUUCUUUAUAAGCGACUCUGGGUUUCCAUUGGACUGCUGUCCUGAUCCGGGCCUUAUUUAUUGAUUAUUUAUGCGUUUGAUUUGUUCCUGCUGGAGGAGAUGAUGACGAAGAAGAAGAGUGGAACUCUGGUUCUGAAGAGGUUUUGGACAAUUUGCUGCAGUUUGCUUUAACUUGAGUUAAAGUUCUGAUGGAUCAGCUGCUGGUUUGUGGUUCUGUUAGAACAGCUGAAGCCUUAAGUUCAGGUUUUCAGAAUGGAGUCGUGUUCUGAUGCUGCUGUAGUCUUGUGCUGACCCGUUUUACACUCAAAAGUGGCUUCUGGGCCACUUGGUUCUGUUUAUUUAUGUUAAAUAACUAUUUUGGAUCCAAAGAAAGCAAAGGUUCAACAUUUGAAUAAAGCGUUUCAGUCACCUGA